AUGGCAAACUGUAAGGAGCACGAUCCUCUCGGGUUCAGGAUUCAGGAUUCGCUUCCGCCACAACAAAUCAUAAAGUUCAGCUACAGCGGCAUCCUCUCAGCCUUCAACAUUCCAACUCUCAACGCCUCCGUUCUACAACACUCGACAUCCCUACGAGAGAUUCGCCUCGCCAGAGCCGACGGCCACUGCUACAUCUCUGCCUCCACCAUCCUCAAAGAGUGUCGGACCUGGAGAAAUUCUGACGAGACCCAGCAUUUCGCCCGACUCGAGGAGCUGCACAGGAGGAUAGGAGGACUAAAGGGGUUACGGGAGCUGGGUCUGCAUAUGCCAUCAUUCAACGAAGCCGGCGAGGUGGAUAUCUCUUGCUUAGACGAUCCAAUGUUGUUCCCGACCAUGUUGAACCUCGAGGAUGCACGGAGGGGUCGACCAGGAUUUCUUCAGCAUCUUUUGGGAUUGAAGAAACUGGAAACGCUUCGAGGAUUGGUCUGUGUAUGGUCGGACGAGACGGAGGUGAUGAUGGAAUGGCCUGAAGCGGAGCUUGUUAGUGCACCGUUUGCCUGGCUUGCGAAUAGGCGGCAAGGGGGUGUUCAUGAUGAUGUGGAGGAACUUCGUAUUGUGGCAGAUAAGUACGACGACGAUGCCGAGUAG